GAGAACUUCCGAUUUUAUUCCUAUUGCAAAAGAGUGAGUAGCAUUGCAAUAAAAGUCAGUGUUAAAUUUUAUAGAUCUAGAUCUAGAAAAAUUCUAUCUAGAUAUAGAAUCUAGAUCUAAUUGACAUAGAUCUAGAUAUCAUGCCUAAAUCAGAAGAAUCUUCUUAUCCGUUUUGCCCGGACGAAGGAAAAUAUGAAAAGCUAGCCAAAAUCGGUCAAGGAACAUUUGGCGAGGUGUUCAAGGCUAGAGAUAAAAAGACAAAGACUGUAGUAGCCAUGAAAAAAGUUUUAAUGGAAAAUGAAAAGGAAGGGUUUCCCAUCACAGCACUUAGAGAAAUCAAAAUUCUUCAAGUCUUAAAAAAUGACAACAUUGUAAACUUGCUGGAAAUCUGCAGAAUUAAAGCCACACCAUACAAUCGUUACAAGUCCACUGUGUACCUCGUGUUUGAGUUCUGUGAGCACGACCUGGCAGGUCUUCUCAGCAACCCACAGGUCAAGUUCAGUUUGGCAGAGAUCAAGAAAGUCAUGCAGCAGCUGCUGAAUGGUCUCUACUACAUCCACAGCAACAAAAUAUUACAUCGAGACAUGAAGGCAGCAAACAUUCUUAUCACUAAGGCUGGAAAGUUGAAACUGGCUGAUUUUGGCCUCGCAAGGGCAUUCAGUGACAAGUUAAACCGCUACACAAAUCGAGUGGUAACGCUUUGGUACCGCCCUCCAGAGCUCCUUUUGGGGGAAAGAAAUUAUGGACCUGCCAUUGAUCUGUGGGGUGCUGGCUGUAUUAUGGCAGAAAUGUGGACGAGAAGCCCCAUCAUGCAAGGCAAUACUGAGCAGCAUCAGCUAACUUUGAUUAGUCAACUUUGUGGUUCCAUUGUGCCUGAAACCUGGCCAGGUGUCGAGAAACUUGAACUUUUUUCAAAAAUAGAACUCCCCAAAGGUCAGAAGAGGAAGGUGAAGGAACGUCUUCAUGGCUACGUCAAAGAUCAGUAUGCUCUUGACUUGCUUGACAAGCUUCUCUCCCUUGACCCAUCCAAGAGAGUCAAUUCCGAUGAUGCCCUGAACCACGAUUUCUUCUGGGUAGAUCCAUUGCCACAAGAUCUGAACCACAUGCUUUCACGCUACAAUAAGUCCAUGUUUGAGUAUCUGGCGCCACCAAGAAGGCGUGCCCCAAUCAACCAACCUCCGCAGGCUCCAGGCGUUGUCAGGCCAGCUGGACAUAAUCCAGACCAACAUUUUGAAAGAAUUUUUUGAUAUGGUGCGUUUUAGCUGUGAAUAAAGAAAAACUUUUCAAAUUGAGGAAUUGACCUUUUAACAUUCAUUGCAAGAGUGGACUUUUUACUUCACUCAGCAGGGAUUAAACCAUUCUAAUGCUAUUGCUGUGACGGAGAUAGUCAACCAAGGAAGCUAUUGGUGAUGGAGAUCAACAUGGCAAUAAAUUGUGGUGCGUGUAAGAGACACAAAGCUACUCUUCUGUUGCACAUAGUUUUAAAUAGGUCACAUCAUUGGCUAGAGUUAACAAAAACAAUCUCAGACAGGACUUGGAGUUCUCUGAAUUAUGAUCUUCGCUUUCGCAAGAAAUUAUCAACCGUUGAUCAGAAAUUUUACAUCAACCUCAUUUCCUUAACGUAAAGUAUUUAAUUUAUUUCUUUAAAAAAAAAAAUGCUUUAGGAAAAUGACAUUAUUAGUGAAAUAACUUUUAGAUCAUAUUAUGAUGUUACAAUUGAACUCAUGAAGCUAAUUACAGUGCAUAAUUAAGUUAACAUUUCAAAUAUAUUAAAUUUUAUCCCUGGGUUUUUUAAAGUCAAAGAAUGAUUCAAACUACAAACACUCUGAGCACUUCUUCUUUAUUGUUUCCUAACAAGAAACACUGUGAGAGCCUCUUUUAUAUUGUUUCUUAACUGUAGGGCAAAUGUUUUUUUUUCUUUUCUUUGUUAUAAUUUCAUUCAGAAGUCUUAAUUACCUUGUAAUAAUGUUUUUCCCCGUCAUAUUCUUUUUUGUUACUAUCGGAUCUCAUAGAACACCAUUGAGUCCUGGUUGUUAAGGAAUUGUUUGAUAUGGGGCUAAUAUUUCAUUGUAUCAUUGAUGCUGACUGCUUGUAUGAUAAUGUAUGUAUAUUGUUUUAUUCUUUGUACUUAGUGAUAUAUUAUUUAUCAGUGCUUUUUUGAGACGUAUGCGCUAGUACGUGUACAGGGAACCUUUUUCAAUGUGUGGAAAAAAUUAUUACUUUUUUUGUAUUUUAACGGUGAUUAAUUUAUUAGUAGUUAAAAGUUAGGCGAUCCAUCACUGAGUACCGGCCUUUUUUUUUUUUACAAAAAAAGCGCUGUUAUUUAUGAUAGCAAAACAAAUUAAAUUCUGGUAUCAAACAUUAGUUUCUGAUCUAGACUCAUUCAUUUUCUGGUCAUAUAUAAAAAUAUUUGUCAAAUAGCUGCGGCAUCGUUGCUCAAUAAAAUAAACAUUGUUUAUCCUAAUGUUGGGCCUUGACUGGGAUAUUGGAGGACCUAAACCUAAUGGGUGCAACAUUAAUUAGUUGCUGUUGGCUUAUGAACUUGUUAAAACAAAUAUCUGCUGAGAUAAGCAAUAAGGAAAGAGAUUCAAAUGAUUGAUGCCGCCGCGCUGAACAUUAAUUUGUUGCUGUUAAUAUGUGAAUUUAUAACUAAAUUUUUUUUGUGUAUGAAACAUAAUGGAACAUGUAUGUUAAAAUUUCUGAGUUUGUCCAUCAUAUUGGAAGUUUAAAAAGACAGCACAAAUUGUUUUUUGUUUAGUUAGUAAGAAAAUAAUAGUGAUUUUAUUCUACUUUUGGUUAAAUUUUAAGUUUUAUGGCUAAAAAUAUAAAAUCUACCUUUAUAUGUUGUGCAGAAUGUUUUAUUUGGAAAUUUAGGAUCAAAUGUUACUUGAGAGUGUUAUUUUGGAAAUUUGUUGUUACUUGAAAAAAUAUACUAAUGUAGUCAUGUUUUUUUUUUUUUACCAAGUUACAAAUUAUGCUGUUGCUGUCUGUGAAGUUAACGAAGAAUUAUUUGAUUUCAUACACUGCAAUGUAAUAAAUGUUUCUCACUAUUUAAUAAUUAAGCUUUUUUUUUUUUUUUUUUUCAUUUUAUCAUAAUCUCUGUCUGAGGUCCUGUUUGGCGUCUCGGUUCUGGGGAGUCUUUCAGUCUUGCCCAUCUGCUUCCUAAUUUCUGUGCCACCCUCUUUUUCUUUUGCAAUGUGAGAUACAGAUAAUGGCUUGUCUUGUUAUAAUAAUAAUAAUAUUAAUAAUAAUAAUAAUUUAUCCAAAAGGAAAUUUCUCAUACAGUUUGUGCAUUAUAACUAUAGAAAACCAAAAUAUACAUUCACACUAGACUCACUCAUAAUUUACAUUUGAAAUGUUUAUAUCAGAUAGUUGAAUUGUGUUUAAUGAUUUGUGGAAGAAGAGUUUUUUUGUAUCUGUUUGACUUCGCUAUCGGUGUCUUGUAUCUCUUUUGUGAUUGUAAAAUCACAAAAUUCUAACCAAAAGGGUGAUUUUUUUAUUUCUAAACUCUUUAUGGCUUUCUUAUGAAUGUUUUUCUCGGACAGCUGCUCAAAUGGGUUUUGUUUUCUUUACCAAUGACCUUACCAGCAUCAUUUAGGAUUUUAUCGAGUUUAUUUUUAAUUUUAAUGUUCAGAUUGCCAUACUAGGCAGUGAUAUUAAAACUUAUAAAAUAUUGUUGAUGUGAGCUUGAUAAAACAUAGUCAAGGCCUUUUCGCUAACAUUAAAUGAGGACAUCUUUCUAAGUAAUUGUAAUCUCUGCUGCCCUUUUUUGCUGAUAUAAUCAGUAUUUGCAGUAAAAUUUUAUUUGUCUAAGCUAGUGCCAAGGUAUUUAAAAGUUUGCAUUAUUUCAAUGGUCUCUCUCGCUACAAAAACAUCAUUUCUUUGGUUUUUUUUUUUUGUUUUUUUUUACAUUUAAUAUUUAAAAAAAUUAUCUUUACAGUCUUUUUUUUUCAAUGUGUUCUAUUUCUCUGAAAUAUUCUUAGAGCAGACAAGAAGAGCCGCAUCAUUAGCAAAUUUUUUGAGGAUCAAAAGAACUCGGAUUUUAAAUCAUUAGUGUACAAAAUGAACCACAAUGACGAUGUCACAGCCACCUGGGGCGCCCCUGUGUUAUCCAGUAGCGGCCUUAGGGGCAACCGCCCCAGAAAUAACACUGUUAACAAUAUUAUGUGCAUUUGAUAUUGCAUUGUUUAUCCUAACCCUCUGAGGUCUUUGGGUCAAAAAUUCAUUAGCCCAUGAAUUAAUCAUUUGGGAAUGACCCCCCUUGCUUUUGAAGAGGAGGGGUUCCAAUGUAAAUUUUGUUUUUAUUGUCUAAGGUUGAGAAGCACUGCUUCAUAUCUAAUGUUCUUUUUGUUCUCUGAUUUUAUACAUAUAAAUAUACACACACUCACUAGCCAGAUAUGACCCACGGCCUAUGGACCUUAGUUUGUGUAUUACUUAUGUACUGGAUUGGAUUUAGAUCUAUGUCAAACAUGGUGAAUGUUCCCUUCACAAUUUUAAAAAUAUUGUUGCGAAAAUAAAAGUAUUGUGUGAACAUUGGUUUAGUCCGACAUAUUCAUAUCUCAAAUAAAACAGGUUUUUACUUGA